GCGUCGUCGUCAAUUGCUUCAGUUCCGUCUUCAGUGGGGCUGCAUGCUGCCUCGGUUGAGAGAUCCGCGCCUCGAAGCUUUGGCGCGUUUCGUGAGUGAUCGAUCGAACCCCCACCUUUCCAGGGCGGGCACACCUUGUCCGACAACGAGAGUGAGUUCCUCGCGGGUCCAGAGUCGGAGAGAGUGAGCAACCCGCCGCACCCGCGCUUCGUUGAGUGCGAGGGGGGUACUCGCGUGGUCGCGCCACGGCAAAACGCGUACGCCUAUAUAUAAAUAGUUGAUGGUCUGGUCGGAAAGAUUUUAGUGCGCUGUUGGUGGACAUUCGAGCCCGUCUCCGGCACCCUGAACCGUGUCUGUGGAGAAUUCUAGUUUUUUUUUUACUGGCCCCCGAUUUGGGCGCCCGAAGAAAGGAGAUCCUGUGCGGGCGGCGCGCAGUGUGGAGAGUGAGCGAGCGUUUCGCGGGGUGGCGAGCGAGAGAGAGAGACAGAGAGAGAGAGGGAAAAGGAGCUGCUGCGUGUGGGGGUUGAACUGCACGGGCAACUGCGCAGUGUGAAGCGCCUUACGGAUCAGUUCAGUGCGAAGUGUGGCACAGUGCAGUAGUGCAGCAGUGAAAUGGCGCGGGUGAUAAAGUUACUCGCAGUUCUGUGCUUAGUGGUGGCAAUCGCUGAAGCCGAUUUCCGUGUCAAGCGACAGGAUGACGACGGCGACCAGGAGGACAACAUCGAAGAGCUGUGCAAGGACCGACCGGCCGACGAGUACUUCCGUCUGAGCACAGAUGGCGAUUGCCGUGAAGUCGUGAGGUGUGAUAAUGCUGGGGAAAAUGGCAUCACAAGGCUGGCACGCGUGCGUUGCCCAACCGGGUUAUACUUUGACGUUUACCGUCAGACCUGCGAUUGGAAAACAAACGUUAAAAAUUGCGAUGAACUAGGAAAACCAAGAAAGGUCCUUCCCAUCCUGAAGACCGAUGAGCCAAUCUGUCCGGAGGGCAAACUGUCCUGCGGUAACGGCGAAUGCGUUGACAAGGAAUUGUUCUGCAACGGCAAGCCCGACUGCAAGGAUGAAUCCGACGAGAACGCGUGUACCGUUGAGCUCGACCCGAACCGUGCUCCCGAUUGCGACACCACGCAGUGCGUCCUGCCGGAUUGUUUCUGCUCCGCUGACGGUACCCGUAUUCCCGGAAACAUCGAACCCCAGCAGGUGCCACAGAUGAUCACCAUCACCUUCAACGGUGCCAUCAACGUCGACAACAUCGACCUGUACGAAGACAUCUUCAACGGUCAGCGGCAAAACCCGAAUGGUUGCCAGAUCCGAGGUACCUACUUCGUGUCGCACAAAUACACCAACUACUCGGCCGUACAGGACUUGCACCGCAAGGGCCAUGAAAUAUCGGUCUUCUCGCUGACCCACAAGGACGACCCCAACUACUGGACCCAGGGAACCUACGACGACUGGCUGGCUGAAAUGGCCGGAGCUCGUCUGAUCAUCGAACGAUUCGCCAACAUCACCGACGGUUCGAUCAUCGGUGUUCGUGCCCCGUACCUGCGCGUAGGCGGUAACAAACAAUUCGAGAUGAUGGCUGAUCAAUUCUUCGUGUACGAUGCCUCGAUCACCGCUUCACUCGGACGUGUCCCAAUCUGGCCUUACACUCUGUACUUCCGUAUGCCCCAUAAGUGCAACGGUAACGCUCACAACUGCCCAUCCCGUAGCCACCCAGUCUGGGAAAUGGUCAUGAACGAACUCGAUCGUCGUGACGAUCCAACCUUCGACGAGUCGCUUCCAGGUUGUCACAUGGUCGACUCCUGCUCCAACAUCCAAUCCGGUGAACAGUUCGGUCGUCUUCUGCGUCACAACUUCAACCGUCACUACAAUACCAACCGUGCCCCUCUGGGUCUGCACUUCCACGCCUCGUGGCUCAAGUCCAAGAAAGAAUACCGUGAAGAACUGAUCAAGUUCAUCGAAGAAAUGCUCGGCCGCAACGAUGUCUUCUUCGUCACAAUGCUCCAGGUCAUCCAAUGGAUGCAGAACCCAACCGAGUUGAACGCUCUGCGAGACUUCCAGGAGUGGAAGGAAAAGUGCGACGUCAAGGGACAACCCUAUUGUUCCCUCCCGAACGCCUGCCCGCUGACGACCCGCGAACUGCCCGGUGAGACUCUGCGUCUCUUCACUUGCAUGGAGUGCCCCAACAACUACCCAUGGAUCCUGGACCCAACUGGAGAUGGCUUCUCCACCAAGUAAGCUAGUCUCCCGAGGGGAAAUUCCAUCCACCGAAAGUCUGAUUUAGUUGCGUGAAGAGAACACUACCAACGUAAGAAAGGAUCUCCGUUGAUUCCCCUCAACCCCCAGUACUUCCCCUAUCCUCAACGGAGUAUAGACAUCUGUUGUAAAUAAUUAUAAUUUCUUACAUUCUCCUCAACCUCCCGAAAAUCCCAUCCUAACAUCCCUUCCCCGAUCUCCCCACAUUCCCAAAAACAAUCCGAACCACCAUUUUCCUAUUCUCGGAGAAUGAUCGGAAUAUGAUAAUUAAUUCAACGAAAAAAAACCUUACAAGAUUGAACGUGAUAAUUUUUAUUUAAAAACAAAAAUACUCUUUCCAAUGCUACCAUCCUCGAGAAACGAAAAAAAAGACAGGCGGCCUUGCACCGGUGUGAAAGAGACCUUAUAACGAGAGAUAGAAAGAUAAUGGCGGCCACAGCGUACCCCGUUCAAGUAUAGUGUCGCGAUUUUGCUGCGGACUGCCCGGGUGCGUGUAUAUGUGCGUCACGAAUCAGGUGUUUUUUUUUGUCAGUUAAGAGUACUCGUUUUUUAUAUUGAAUGAAAACAAAAUAAACUAUAUUUUAAACUAUUUUUCCUAACUUAAAUUGCGUAAAGAAGGAUCGUGCCGCAGCCGCAAGGUGGUGCGUAGUUUGGAAGCAAGAGUUGACGUGGCUUUUGUUGCCCCUCCCAUUUUGGUUGGGAAAUGUGUGCUUGCGGCUGAUAGUUUAGAAUGAUAAAAAAGAAAAUACAAACAAAAAGGUAUGAAAAUAAAUUUUCCAUAAAAAUA